AUGCACUGUACACGCUCUCCAGGCUGCUACUGCCGCGCGAUUCGCUACGAGGUCAAUGUCGACUCGCCGGACGACUUGCGGACCUCGCUCUGCCAUUGCAAGAACUGCAAGAAAUUCACCGGCGGUCCCUAUGGCGUCACGACCAAGCUCCCCCUCCAAUCCUUCAAGAUCACCGUCGGCGAACCCGCCUCACACAGCGCCGACAACGGUUCCGGCUCGCUCCUCCACCGUCUCUUCUGCAAGACCUGUGGCGGGCCAAUCGCAGAAUGGGGCGACGCGGCCAAGGACACGCAGCGAUAUAUCUUUACGGGAACGUUUGACGAUAUUGAACAGGAGGGGUUGAGGCCCAAGGGGGAGUUCUUUACGAGUCGGAGGGCCGGCUGGCUGGUGCCUGUCGAGGGGUGCUUUCAGAAGAAGGAGAUCAAGGAUUGA